UUCGAACCUUCCUCUUUAUUUCCUUUUUCUCUUUAUACUUCACCUAUAAAUUCGUUCCCCCAUAAACAGAACCCAACAAAUAAUCGGAGUUAGUUUCAAACAAACUAUUUUUCAUUCUCCAAAUUUUUUUCUGAAUCUGUUAGCUACCUGUUUCUUCAACAAUCCAAUAUCAACAAUGGAGUUACGUCCUUUAGACAUCAAAGUGAUCUCUGCAGACGGCAUAAAAAAUGUCAAUACUUUCUCUAAGAUGGAUGUUUAUACAGAAGUCCACAUUUCCAGUUACGCCAGCAAGGCUUCUAAGCAGAAAACUUUUGUUGAUAAGAAUAGCGGCACGAAUCCUAAGUGGAAUCACUCCAUGAGAUUCACUCUCGAUGAAUCGUCUCUCACGAAAUCAGGGAUUUACCUCGUCUUUCGUCUCAAAUCUGAUCGCACUUUGGGUGACAAAGAUAUUGGUGAGGUAUCUGUUCCUAUUCAUGAUUUGUUCAAUUCUAAUGGCACAAUGGAGAGGUUCGUUGAGUAUCCAGUGAUUACAGAGAGCGGAAAACCUAAAGGUACUCUGAAAUUUUCCUAUAAAUUUGGGGAAAAAUUUACAGCGCCUGAGCCGAAGAGAGAUGUAAAUCAUGAACCUGUAACCGCUUAUCCUGCUCAAAUGCAUCCUGGUAUGGGUUAUAAUCAGCAAAAUUCGGGAUACGGAUAUCCACCUCCGGCUCAUCAAGGUGGGUACGCAUACCCAUCCCAAGCUGGUGCACCGGGUUAUGGAUAUCCACCACCACAACCUGGGUACGGGUAUCCGCCACCACAACCUGGGUACGGGUAUCCACCGGUGCAACCGCCACCGCCAAAGAGGAAGAACAAGAUGGGAGGUGGAUUAGGGUUAGGGUUGGGUGCAGGAUUGCUUGGUGGUUUGUUGGUGGGAGAUAUGAUUUCUGACGUCGGAGAGAUGUCUGCUUAUGGUGAUGGGUAUGGAGAUGCUAUGGAUGAUAUGGGUGGUGGCUUUGAUUUUUAGUUUAAUUUUCCAAAUUUGUAAAUUUUAUUUGUUUUUUU